UCGAUGGAUUGAAGGCACAAGCAGGCUGGCGGGUCAGGAGCAGUGGGGAGCGACUUGAUGUUGCGGAAAGUAGCGUGGGGUUUGUUAAAGUAAAUGGUUGUAUCAUUAGGUCUCUCUGGGUGCUAUAUUUGAUUACGCGCUUGAAUACUCAUGGUAAUCAUUUUUCUAUUUGAGGUGGUGGCACUGGAAAUUAAAUAAUAUUGUACCAGACUGGGAGCACUUGUAAGUGGGUUAGAAACCGGUUGUAAUGGCAGCUCCCCGGCCCAUAAAAGGCAUUUUGAAGAACAAAAACAGCGGGGCGAGUAUCAAAAGACCCCAUGAAGUUCCCGUGGAGAACCCUGACCAGGCAGGGCUUGGCAUAGACGACGAUCAACACAAGAAGUCGCAGAAAUGGGACGAAAUGAACAUCCUGGCCACGUAUCACCCAGCGGACAAGGAUUACGGGAUGAUGAAAAUCGACGAGCCCAGCACACCAUACAACAGGAUGCUGGGGGAUGAGGACGAUGAGGGGGCACUUAGCGAUUCAGACGCCAACGCCGUCACGGUAGACGACCUCGCCAGAAAGUUGGCAGAGGCGGAGGGCAUGGAGCCGCGCUUCAUGAGGAAGGAGGAAGAGGAGGAGGAGGAGGAGAGCAGCGAGGAGGAGGAGGAGGAGCUCAGCGCGGAGGAGCAAGAGAAAAAGAAGCAGUUUCAGAUGAUGAGGAAGAUGCACUAUAACGAAGGCCUUAAUAUUAAGCUGGCCAGACAGCUCAUCGCCAGCGAGCUGGAGGAAGACGAGGAUGAGGACGAGGAGAUGAGGGACGACACGGAAACAGAAGACAUCAACGUAGACCCACCUCAAGAAGGAGACUCGUUGGAUUCUUAAGGGGUGGAGGAGGGGGCACAGUGCUGCUUUGCACCCUGAGACUUGAAUCAUAUGCAUUAGUGAUGCCCUUUCUGCCGGUCCAAGUUUAAGGACCCCAUCAUCAUCAUUACCAACACCACCACCAUCACCACUCCCACCCGCUCCUCCAUUGACACCCAUCGAGAAAAGAACAGGAGGAGGAAAAAAGCCUCUCCAUAACAUGACCAGCAUCUGUUUGCUAAAGCAUAUCGACUACUGCCCCCUGCUGCCCAGUCCAGGCUACUGCUGCCUCGCCUCUGUUGCCAAGCGCCCGUCUCCUCCAGAACUCCACCACCCUUAUGCCAUGCCUUUUGCGAGACAGAGACUUGUUUGUGGACUGAUGUUAUUCCAUGAUCAUGGUAAUACCCCCCUUUCCUCUCGUCGUCCUGCCCCAGCUUGUCCACGUGUGAGCACAGGAGUAUAGUUUCUCCCCCAGAGGACCUGUCCAUCAGCUCACCACUCUCACUCACUCUGCACAGCACCACACCACACCAUCAGCCAUAAAGUGGCUAGGCGCUAGGCUUGUGCGUGCGUGUUGCAUGCCUUCGGACUUCCCUGCUCCUGUGGUCGUAGACAUGGUGUGAUUAGCCACAAAAAAAUAAAACAAAAGAACAACUAAAACUAAAGAAACAGCCUUACCUACAGCUUUCGGUUACAACCCUCAUAUUCAGUGACCUCUGUACCCAUGAGUAUUAUCAGUACAAUAAGAGACCCUCUGUUUUCCUGGCUAAUAUAACUGUGAUCUGUAGUAACACAAACAGGGGUUGAAACUGUUUUGUAGGGGGCUGACAAAUGGAUGAGCUCUCGGCCUUCCCACAAGCGAUGCACUGAAGUUAAUUUUACAUUCAUACAGUAUUCGACCAUAACAUUUGGUUAGAAUAUAGAACAAAAAAAUGUAACAUUUGGUUAAAAAAAAGUGAGAUUUUCUUUUCCAGGUCGAGAGCCCUAGACUUUGAUUUGGUGUGUUGGACAAAUGAAUAAACAAUGCAUUUUGUUUUCUAUCUGAACUACUACUGAUGUGUGGGACUGCUUUGCUGGAGUGUUUGAGUAGGCUACUGUUCGAUCCUCUAUGGGGGGUAUUCCAGGUUAUGUUUUGGUGACCAACCUUCUGAAAAAUGUCAGCUUCAUUUGUCUGUGGAUUACACCAGCUUGUAGUCCUUUUUUAAAAAGGUCACCAUUUCAGCCAUGCAAGUUAACUAAACUUGCUAAAACACCUGGAAUAUCCCCUGUUCCUGAGACAUAACUGCUUCAUAUGAAAGAUGAAUACAUGCAAAAACAGCACAUUUUUUCACCUUUUUUAAAGCUUAAUUUAUCUAGAGUAUAUGUAUUAUUUUACAUACUAAUUUCAGGAACGUGACUCACAGUAUUUUUGUUUAUAUACUGUCAGGCAACACACUACUCUGCUUAUAAUGUCCUAUUUAAAUUUGACCACUGAAUAUGUUUUCACCUUUUAGUUUGAGCAUACGUUAUCUUAUGAACUGUAUGUUAGUACGGAAGUGAUUUAAAGCUAACAAAUGGAUAUUUAAGUAUGAUCCCUGCAUAGACAGUGGUCCUUCCCUCCAUGUCUCUGCUUACAUGCUUAUUUAGUAAAGUAGUAUGACAACUCAUCUGAGGAUUACACAGAUCUUUGAUUGAGCUGUUUUUUUCCAUGCUGUUGUCCUCCUUGGUUCAAAUUUGAGUUGUCUUUUGUAUGUUACAAUGCGUUUGACUACAAUCACAUUACAGAUUAUGCCAGGCAAGUGCUAGAUCUGCCAUGUUGAAUGGGGACAGGUAAUACAAGAAGAAGUCAGUAGCACUUAGAGCUGAGAAAAUGAAUCAAACAUUGAGGAAUUGCGUCGUUAGAUAUUGUUUACAUCACUGAUUGAGGGAGGAGAGCGGGAGACUGUGCAAGUCUAAAAUAUUCCCUUGUGCACCUAACCAGUGUGUAGUGUGCAAGAGAACAUUUUGGACCAGACAAGAAUGUUAAAAGGAUAUUUACAUUGUGGAGGCAUGUGAGCCCACACAUACAUGAGAACCUGACAGAGAACCCUUCACUUUUCACCAUUUCAUUGGCAUUGACCUACAGAUGUACAGAUUUGUGAAUGAAUGUUCCAAUGGUCUUUUCUGUCAACUCUGUUCAGAGCUGUACGUGGUGCCUCUUCUUUGCCUAACUGGGUUCUGCAUUUUGCUGUGUUUUUCCUGGUGAGUUCUUCAGUGUGUACAGAGCAUUUUAUUUGCCCUUUUUCCUUUCCCUCUUCUGUUUUUUUAAUCAGUUUUGCACGUUCACAUGAAUACGUGUUGUUUCACGUUAUUAAAAGAUGUUGAUAUUGA